GGUGGUGUUGUGGUCAGUAGACCACGCCUCCGUGCUCAUAUACUGAGGAAUACAGAGGAUCAGAAACAAGAGCUGAACUAUUGAAGGAGGUUGCCCUUUGGUAUCACUUGUGCGCAAGAACACUUCCAGAACAGGAUGGCAACAGAGGUCACAGAUGACCUUGAAGGCAUUGUAUGUCACAUGGAUGACGUUCUGGUGUGGGGCAGAAAUCAGGAGGAGCAUGACACCCGUCUGCGUGCUGUGUUGCAGAGGAUGCAGAAGAAACAAAUGGUUUCCUGUUUCAAGUCUUAUCCUGCAUUUUCCUAACCAGCUUAAAUGUGCUUCUGUAAACACGUAAGGACAUUCCAUGAAGAGGAAUGCUGCUGAAAACAGGUGAUAAAAAAGAAUAUGGCGUCUAGAAGACAUUCAGUUACUCAGCAAAUAUCAUCUGGGACCCUCCACAUGAACAUAUCUGACAGACGAACACAGAAAUGCAGCAAGGAGAAAAAUCAUUAUUGUUCAGAGUGUGGGAAGAAUUUCAUUCAACAGAGUCAUCUCAAACAACACCAGCGUAUUCACACAGGAGAGAAGCCGUAUCACUGCUCAGAGUGUGGGAAGAGUUUUAAUCAACAGAGUAAUUUCCAACAACACCAGCGCAUCCACACAGGAGAGAAACCGUAUCACUGCUCAGAGUGCGGGAAGAGUUUUAAUCAACAGAUUCAUCUCCAAGAACACCAGCGCAUUCAUAGAGGACAGAAGCCAUAUCACUGCCCAGAGUGUGGGAAGAGUUUUAAUCGUCAGAGUCAUCUCCAACAACACCAGCUCAUUCACACAGGAGAGAAGCCGUAUCAUUGCUCAGAGUGUGGAAAGAGUUUUAAUCGUCAGAGUCAUUUCCAAGAACACCAGCGCAUUCACACAGGAGAGAAGCCGUAUUAUUGCUCAGUGUGUGGGAAAAAUUUUACUCAACAGAGUAAUCUCCAAACACACCAACUUAUUCACGCAGGAAUUAAACCAUAUCAGUGCUUAGAGUGUGGGAAAAGUUUUGCUCAGCAGAGUUCACUCCAUCGACACCAGCGCAUUCACACGGGAGAGAAGCCGUAUUACUGCUCAGAAUGUGGGAAGAGUUUUACUCAGCAGAGUUCUCUCCAACAACACCAGCGCAUUCACACAGGAGAGAAGCCAUAUGACUGCGCAGAGUGUGGAAAGAGUUUUAAUCGUCAGAGUCAUCUUAAACAACACUGGCGCAUUCACACAGGAGAAAAGCCGUAUUACUGUUCAGAGUGUGGGAGGAGUUUUACUGUACAGGGUCAUCUCCAGCAACAUCAGCGCAUUCACACAGGAGAGAAGCCUUAUCACUGUUCAGAGUGUGGAAAAAGCUUUAGGCAUUCAAGUACUGUGACAACACACAAGUGCACGAAGAGCAGUGGUGGAAAUGGGCAGUAAUGAGUGUAAUAACACAUUCCGGGAGUAAAAGUCUCAAGGGAAUGAUGAUUCCAGCCUAGAUUUCAAACUGUUUUAUUGUUGUUUCACACUGUUUCUGAAACAUGAGCAUAAAAUGAAAUCUAAUUUCCAGUACCGAAUACCAAGAAUACCAACCCUACAGUUUAUUCACCAAUGGGAAAGAGUGGUACUUCAGAUUCCCCAUAAAUUUAGUUUAAUUUGUAAUAUACAUUGAAAACAAUCGGGAAGCUGCAACAAAGGAGAUAUGAAUUGGAAGACUGUAACAGUGAAGUUUUUGCUGUGGUGGGCAAGGCACUGCAAGACAUCAAACUAUCUGUGUGAUGCACUGUGACCUCUCCUUAGAAUGUUCUAUGUGGCCUCAAGUUGCAUACAGUUCAAACUACAACUCAUCCUUGAAGUUUGUUUUACUCUUUUCUGAGACUUUAAAGACUGUUGAUGUGCUGUGUGAUGCCUGGAGCGUGAUUGUUCUUAAAAAGGGUGCUGUGACAUGAGAUAAGGACUUCUAGAUUCAAGAUUCAAGAAUUUUAUUGUCAUAUGCACAGCAGAAAUCCUUACUUCUAUGCCCAUCUCCAGUCUAUCCACCAGAUAUGAUUGUUUAUAGUAUUUCAACUAGUUGGAACUGGGUAUUUUUUAACAUUGUAGAACUGGGCGAAAGGUGACUAUCUAUGGCUGCAUUAUAAUAAUUUUGAUUUGUAGUCAAAAUGUGUGCAAUUCUGUAUGUAGAUGAUCUGAUUUACAUAAAUUUGCAUAAAAGUAUAACUACAGGUUUUUUUAUUCACUAUGGUCUUCACUGUUUAGUUUUUGGGGUAUAUCACAUCACACAAAUUAUGAAUGUUUUUCCAUAUAUUUCUAAAUUUAGAUUUUAGUCAUGCUGUGGAAAUACAAGCUGGCAAAAAAGUAUUCUGCCAUGCUAUAUAACAAUGCCAUUUACUUCAGAAUCACUUUAUUUUGUUAUGUUACACCAAGAAUUAGCCUUGGGGGGGCACAUAUAUAUUGUACUAAACACACCAAUCCACAGAUUGAUAAACAUGAUAAACAUUAAAAAGAAAAAAAAGACAAAUAACAAUGAAUUAAAAUAGAACAAAUAGAAUAUAUGAGAUUAGAUAUAAAAGAGGUAAUGUGAAAGGAGGAAAAGAGAUAAAGUGUGAUAUGUAAAUGCCCUUUAUGCAGAGUCAGAGGAAAUACACUAUUAUUUACAGUGAUAGGAUGAUAUGAACAUUCAUACAGUUGUAUGAAUAAGCAUUGUGAUUCCGAGGAGUUAUACAUUAAGGGGGGUUUGUAUGUAUACAGUAAACAUGUGCUUUAUCA